AGCAGUGCAGGAACAGGAGCUGAGACCAUGAAGACGCUGGCUUUUCUCCUCUGCCUGGUCUUACUGACCUUCUGCACAGGUGCGAAUCCUGUGGUGAAGGAAAGCUUCGCCAAGCAGCUUCUCCGCAGUAAGAGGCAGAAGCCGGGUUAUUCCGAUGAGCCGAUGAGGGAACACCUGGUGUAUUUGCAGCAGUUGGAGCUCCAAGCUCGUGAGACUAAUCUUGAAAACUGGUUAAAUCCUCAUUGCGCUCCUCGCUGUAACAGUAACUAUGGUUACCCCAUCUAAACCAUCUGACAUCUACAAGCAGCAGGAUGAAACUGGUGAUGAAGAUGAUGACGAUGAUGAAGACACUGAGCCAGGACAAUGCGGAGGCAGUAAACGGGAAGAGACCUGCGAAUUAAGAAAAUGUGUUUUAAGAUUUUAUGGAAUUAAAUACAGAAAAGACUAACAAUUAAAAACAAGUCUUACUUUAUUAAAAUCCUCAUUUUGUCUUAACACAGCCCC